AUGAACGAAUGUCUCCGCCUCGCUGCUCCUGAUCGGCUCGAUGACGACCGCAUGCGUCCCGGCUGCUCGCUCGUCGAUGCCCAAGCGCAACGGUGCACACCGCGUCCUCAGUGGCCGCUCUCGGCUCGUCCAAAAACUCCGUCUCCGAGACUAGGAAACGUGACCGGCACCGUAUGCAUCCUGGCAGGCGAUAGGUAA